GUUGUCACUUUGGUUAUCGGAUUCGGACAGUGCUAGUUUGGUCACAGUAUAAGGUUAUAUACUACUGUGGUUCGGUGGUUCCAGUGGUUGGUUGGAGGACUUGAAUUUGUGUAGGCUGGGCAGCAAGAAGGCUUCAAAAUUAAAGCGAUAAAGUCGAGGCCUAACGGCCCCAUGAUGACCAUGGACGUGUCCAAAACGGAGGCGGCCAAGCCCGGCCCUGGCCAAUCUCCCCAAGAGUGCGCGGGCUGCCUCAAACCCAUCACCGAGCGCUUCCUCCUCAAGGCGCUCGACCUCUUCUGGCACGAGGACUGCCUCAAGUGCGGCUGCUGCGACUGCCGGCUGGGCGAGGUGGGCUCCACCCUGUACACCAAGGCCAACCUGAUCCUGUGCAAAAGGGACUACCUGCGGCUGUUCGGCAACACGGGAUACUGCGCGGCCUGCUCCAAGGUCAUACCGGCCUUCGAGAUGGUGAUGCGUGCGAGGAGUAACGUGUACCAUUUGGAGUGCUUCGCGUGUCAGCAGUGCAAUCACAGGUUCUGUGUUGGAGAUAGGUUUUAUUUAUGCGAAAAUAAAAUCCUGUGUGAAUACGACUACGAGGAACGUUUAGUUUUUGCGAAUAUGGCUUACAAUCCACCACCAUUAUCGCAUUUGAAAAGGCAGAUACCACCGGUGUCUCUCCCAGGCCACCUGAUGAACGGCCACCGACCCCAGCUGCCGCCAUCUAACGGCGACCUCAACAACAACAUGUCGGGCUCCGGCCAGCCGCCGCCCGGUUCUAUGGCCGGCCAGGCCUUCCAGGGGCCCGGCCACCUCAAGAACGGGCCACUCUCGUUGGGCGCCACCAGCUGAAAAUACUGAAAACUGUGAUCUUGCGCUUGCGCAGUAAGACCGAACGUUCGGCAGUGUCGGUGACUUCUUUUCUGUUCGAGUGAAUUUGAUGGACAGAAUUGAGAGGUCGAGUUGUAUUGAGUGUUUUCGAAAUUGAAGCGAUUGAAAAAUUGAGGUGUUUUUUUAUGAGAUGCAAUGAAGAAGUGAAUCGCAAAAAUAUAAUCAUUUGUUUUACUAGGCACCAAAGUAGGAAAUUCACUGAUGUGGCUGAUUCAGCCAAGGCAGUCAAUCUACUAACAUUCAAUUGUUUCUCCAAAUGUUAUAAAAUCAAUUUUGUAUAAUUUUUUAUUGAAAAAUCUAUCGUUUUGUGUUCUUACAAUGUCAGUGUCAAUGUUGACCACAAAUUUCAUUCAAAGUACUUGGAACGUUGCAUAGCAGCAUAUUUUUUCUGUCUAGGCAGAGAGAGCACACCUUUGCUGCCUGUGUAGUGUCGUAGAAAAGCCACUUUCCAUACCGUUUGGAGGAAAAAACAAUUUUUUGGAACGACUCAAAAAAUAGUAGUUCUUCUAUGACACUCAACAGGCAGCUAAACUGUACUUUCUCUGCUUAGGUAGAUAAAGUGUAUUUCUAUGCAACGUUUCCAAAUAAUUUGAAUGAAAGUGGUAAUCAAAAUUGAUAUUGGAUGAACACAAAAAUUUCCUUUCAAUCAUUUUCUAUUUUCCACGUCAUAAGUUGCCUCAGUUUUGGAUAUGCUCUGUAUACAAGUUCCCUUCAUCAAGGUAUGUGUUUUAGGUAACGUUCAAUGCGUUGACUCUAGUUCUGAUUGGUUUCUCAGAAGUGAUUCUCAGCAAGAUUCUUGCAUUGCCAAUGAAUUUUUGGUUUCAACGCCAUCAGUUGAUACUUGUUCGAAUAUCGUUCAUUUGGAUGAUGCCUAAUCAUGACACGCUAAAAAACAGUUUGUAGUUUUUGAGCCUGCGAUUUUUUCUUGCAAGGAAUUCUUUGUGGAAUAUUUCAUUCCAGCUCGUGGCAGAUUUGUAUCUAAGGUUGAAUGCCGAAACUUAUUGAAAAAGGAUUAGCAUUGAAAUUUCCACUUGAUGAUCUCGAAGCUAGGUUAUCGAGAAUUUACACUAUAAUUUUUGAAUUUGAUAUGACAGUUCAGUACCAAUUAAUCCGAUAGAUUUCAACUUUUUACCAAUCACAGCUUGAGUCAGCAAAAACACACCAGCAUCUUUGUUAUCAUCAUGAUUCAUUUUGAGCUGUGAUAAAUAUUCAUAAAAAGAUACAUCAAUGCUUCAGGUAUCUAGAUAUGUUCUUGGGUUAAUCUAUUGGCUUAACAGAAUAUAAACAAUACUCAUAAAAAACUCCUAAACGAUUCACUCUGUAUAUAUCGAAUAAAAAUACCAGUUUGUUAUAAGCUCGACUUACUGUAAAUAGUUAGAGAUAUGAUUGUUUUUUAAUGCUCAAGGUGUAUACCAUUAUUUAGAAGAAUGUGCAAUAUUGUAUAUAUUUCCAUAUGUACGGAUUUAAUUGAUAGUCGAUAUGUCCCAUCGAGGAAAUGAAAGACAUUCCAUAGUCAUAUGCUCAGUUUUUCAGAUAUUACAUUCAUUUGAAUAAAAUUAUUCCCCUUGUGAAUGUUGAGUGGGUGGACAUAUUUUUACCAGAUUUGUACAAGCAUGUUGUUCAAUACUAGAUUUUUUUUAUGAAUGAAUGCGAUAUCAAGUAUGUUGAACUUCUGUAUUUGUCCUGUUCUCAUAUGACUGAACUUAUAUCCAUUACUGUAUAUUUUUCCGCAUUGUAUAUAAGUAUCAUCAUCAAGUACCACAACUAAUAAAAUCUUUAUAUAACAUUGAGAAAACACAGUCAGUAUAUCAAAUUUCUCUAGAAUUCUUGGUAGGGGGUCAAUUUUCCAAUAAACAAUAGUAACUAUGUGAUAUUGAUUGUGGAAAAUGAUAAGUAUGGAAUUUUUUUUCAUUGGCAGAUGUGUAUUUCUUCAAUUUACAACAUCUAGAAAAAAUCAUGUUGUUGAAUAUGGUUACAUAAAACUUCACUGAUUUUUUAUUAAAUAAAUCAUAACGUGUUAUUUCAAGUUCGAUGGUAAGGUUCCAUCAAACUACCCACAAAUAAAAUACUCACAGAAAUAAUGUAUCAUAAUGUAUAUUCAAACAAUACAUGCGUUACAACAUGGCCAUCAUAUUUAUGGUAAUUCUCUAGUUUUAGGUUCAUAUGCCAUUUUAUGUUUUAAGAAUAGUUUAUAUUCCAUUAUUUUUGUUAGUUAUCAAUGUAAAUAUGAGAAGAAAUGAGUUUCAUUAUUAUGUUAAAUAGGUGCCAAUUUUUAUCUUUUGUGUACAGUACAAAAAUGUAUCCAAUUAUUAUACCAAAUGAUUUGACCAAAGAUCUAU